AUGUUCAGUGCCCUAAAAACUCCCUUUAUCACUACAGGAAGAUGGGCUGAUAUCAAGAGAGUGGGGAAUCUAUACGGUUAUGAUCCUAAUUCCGCCUUGGAUGAUGAGAGCUCCCUAUUAAAUCAGAAACUGGCCGAAGGAGGCAUCUUUGAUACGUUUGACAACAACUACGAUCCUUAUCCGACAUGGGCUUCUGACGAUGAGGUUCCCAUUUCAAAGCUGAAAAUUCAGAUAAUCUUUAACCAAUUGCAGGAGAUAUUUCACUUCCAGCCUUCCAACAUAAGGAACAUGUUUGAUUAUCUUAUGAAGCUACUAGACUCCAGAGCCUCCAGAAUGGGACCUCAUCUGGCUCUUCAGUCUCUUCAUGCAGAUUAUAUCGGUGGAAUCAAUGCAAACUUUAGAAAGUGGUAUUUUGCCUCUCAACUAGAUUUAGAUGACUCUAUUGGCUUUGAAAACAUUUCUUACAAUGGCACUGCUAAAAGGCACUCACCUUACACCGUGCCCAUGCUUUCAGUGGCCCAAAAGAGAUGGACAGAGAACAUGAAUGCACUUUCUCCAGACGAUGCAACGGUACACCUGGCAUUGUAUCUUCUUUGCUGGGGAGAAGCAAAUAACAUUAGAAUGAUUCCUGAAUGCUUGUGUUUCAUCUUUAAGUGCUGCAACGAUUAUUAUUAUUCACUCGAUCUUUCAAAAUCUAUACCUUCUCCUGAAAGACCCUUUUUGGAUCACAUCAUCACUCCUCUUUAUCAAUUUCACUUCAACCAGAUGUAUGCUAUCAAUUCGAAAGGGGAGACAAUCCCAAGAAAUAUCGACCAUGAUAAGAUUUUAGGAUAUGACGAUAUGAACCAACUAUUUUGGUAUAGAAAAGGGUUGGAACGAAUCGUUCUACAAUCCUCAAAGCGUACCAUUCUCUCAUUUCCCCCGGCAGAGAGGUAUAUUCAUUUGCAUAACAUUGAAUGGUCUCGUGCCUUUUUCAAAACAUAUUACGAAUCUAGGACAAGUUUACAUUCUGUUCUGAAUUUCAAUAGAGUGUGGUCAAUCCAUGUUUGUGUCUUUUGGCUGUACACAAGUUUCAACUCACCAACACUCUAUACAAGUGAUUAUGACUAUCGAAGAGACAACCAACCAACUGCAUCGGCAAGAUUGGCCGUUUUAUCUAUAGCGGGUUCCAUCUGUUUAUUUUUGAACUGGAUUGCGGUGAUUGCAGAAAUUAAGUUCGUGCCUAGAAAAUGGCCUGGUGCCGAAUCAAUGAUACCCAAACUACUACUUCUGUUGAUUCUAACAUUAGUCCAAGUUGCCCCCAUUGUCUAUAUCUUGUUUUUCAACAGCUUGGACUACCAAGACAUGUUCUUAUUGAUAAUCUCUAUCUUUGAGUUUAUUUUAUCCAUUGCCAUCAUUUUCUAUUUCUCCAUAGUACCAUUUGGUGCAUUGUUCGGCUCUUACAUGUCUAAAGGUGAGAGAACCUACCUACCUUCGAAAUACUUUACAGGUUCCGUUCCAAAGCUAAAGGGAAAAGCGGAACUGGCUUCAAUCGGGCUAUGGGUUUGUGUGUUCCUUUCCAAAUUUAUUGAAACUUAUUUCUUUUUGACACUGUCCAUUCGUGAUUCUGUUAGAGAGCUCAGCACCCUGGAAAUUAAUACCUGUAUUGGCGAAACAUAUUUUGGCGAUUUACUUUGUAAAAGACAGCCAUUGAUCCUCCUUGUUUUGUUAUUCUCUACUGACUUAAUUCUCUUCUUAUUGGACACCUACCUCUGGUUCAUCAUUUGGAACACACUCUUUUCUGUUUGCAUAUCGUUUUCUAUCGGAAUUUCAAUACUUACACCUUGGAGGAACAUCUUUUCUAGGCUACCCAAGAGAAUUUACUCUAAGAUUAUCAAUGACAAUGGGAGUACAAGCAUGAAGUCGAAACAACUGGUUUCACAGCUUUGGAAUUCAAUUAUUAUUUCAAUGUACCGGGAACAUUUACUAUCGAUAGACCAUGUAAACAAACUGAUUUAUCAACAAAUAAUAGUUCCAGGUCAACAAGAUACAUCGGAGCAAAUACUGAAGGAGCCCACAUUUUUUGUUUCCCAGGAAGACCAUGCCCUGAAGACUUCAUUAUUUAAAGGCCAUAAGGAAGCUGAAAGAAGAAUCACGUUUUUUGCACAGACAUUAUCAACACCAAUACCAGAGUCUAUUGGCAUAGAAAAGAUGCCGUCAUUUUCGGUCUUGAUUCCCCAUUAUGCAGAAAAGAUUAGCCUCUCCUUGAGAGAAAUCAUUAAAGAAGAAGAUGAGAAUUCGCAAUUGACCCUUCUUGAAUAUUUGAAACAACUUCACCCUGCUGAAUGGGUAAACUUUGUUGAAGAUACAAAAAUUCUUGCAGAAGAAAUUAACUCAUCUGAAGACAGUUUUUCCAAGAGUUCCAUCAAGGAUAGACUGAUUGACCUUCCUUAUUAUACUGUAGGAUUCAAAACGGCUACCCCAGAGUAUAUCUUGAGAACAAGAAUCUGGGCAUCGUUGAGGACCCAGACGCUUUAUCGUACUGUUUCAGGAUUCAUGAACUAUUCCAGGGCAAUAAAGCUUCUUCAUGACAUUGAGAAUAAAGAUAUAGCUGACAGUAGUGAUUCGAAUAAGAGAUUAGAAGAGGCAUCAAUUAUGGCACUACGAAAAUUCAGAAUGGUGGUCUCAAUGCAGAGAUUCCACAAAAGUUCUCCCGAGCAAAGAGAAAGCAAGGAAACCUUAUUGAGAGCUUACCCUGAAUUGCAGAUCGCAUACUUGGAAGAGAGAUACUGCGAAGAUAGAGGCUGCUUAGAGUAUUAUGCUUGUUUGAUUGAUGGAAGUUGUGAAAUUCUUGAAGAUGGUGAAAGAAAGCCCAAAUAUAGAAUAAGGUUAUCAGGAAACCCAAUAAUAGGAGAUGGAAAGAGUGAUAAUCAAAACCAUGCUUUGAUAUUUUGUCGUGGAGAGUACAUUCAACUGAUUGACGCCAAUCAAGACAACUACCUCGAAGAAUGCCUCAAAGUUAGAAAUAUAUUCUCGGAGUUUGAAGAGUUAAACUCUACCGACGAUCCAUACUGUCUGGAUGAGGACACAAACAACCCGAAUCCCGUUGCAAUCAUUGGGGCAAGAGAGUAUAUAUUCUCGGAAAAUGUCGGAGUAUUGGGAGAUGUUGCAGCAGGUAAGGAGCAAACAUUUGGAACCUUGUCUGCCAGAACUUUGGCUCUAAUAGGUGGAAAGCUUCAUUAUGGCCAUCCUGACUUCUUAAACUCUGUAUUCAUGACUACUAGAGGAGGUGUCUCCAAAGGACAAAAAAGCCUUCAUUUGAAUGAGGACAUUUAUGCAGGAAUGAACGCUCUUCUUAGGGGAGGUAGAAUAAAACAUAGUGAGUAUUUGCAGUGUGGAAAAGGCCGGGAUUUGGGAUUUGGAUCGAUCUUGAACUUCACUUCGAAAAUUGGUUCCGGAAUGGGUGAGCAGAUGCUCUCCAGAGAGUACUUCUACUUGGGAACUCAGUUGCCAUUAGACAGGCUUUUGUCAUUUUAUUAUGCUCAUGCUGGAUUCCAUUUGAAUAACAUGUUCAUAUUCCUAACCAUCAAUUUAUUCAUCCUCUUCUCUGCAAAUUUGGCAGCUUUGGUCAAGAAUUCUUUGGUUUGUAGCUACCACAAAAAUAUUCCAAUAACCGACCCAAAGUCUCCUGAGGGUUGCUUCAAUUUAGUUGUGGUGAUCCUCUGGCUUCAAAGAUGUGUAGUGUCUAUCAUUUUGGUGUUUUUCAUUUCAUUUAUCCCUUUGUUUGUGCAAGAGGUCACUGAAAGGGGAAUAGGAAAGGCGGUCACAAGACUCAGUAAGCAACUUGCCUCCUUUUCCAUUUUUUUUGAGGUUUUUGUUUGCAAAAUUUAUGCUAACUCACUAUUGAAUAACUUAUCCACUGGUAGCGCCAAAUAUAUUGCCACGGGAAGAGGAUUUGCUACAACUCGGAUGCCUUUUUCUGUUUUGUAUUCCAAGUUUUCAACGGUCAGUUUACAUGAAGCAAGUAUUCUAUUCUUUUUAUUACUUUUCACAUCCAUUUCUAUGUGGAGAACAGUGUUGAUAUACUUCUGGUUCACGAUCACUGCUCUGGUAAUAAGCCCGUUUCUUUUUAACCCUAAUCAAUUUGCACCGCAAAGCUUUUUCUUAGAUUACAGAAAAACCUUGCAGUGGUUAUUUAAGGGUAAUUCUAAAUGGCAGCAGGAAUCUUGGAUAGGUUAUGUCCGGAAUAAUAGAGCACUAUACACUGGAUCCAAGCGGAAAGAAGUUAAACUUGGGGAGAAUAUAGAUCUAGGCUACUUGAACAAGCCAUCAAUUAUUAAUCUUCUUUUGACUCAAGUGGGAACACAUCUGCUGAAGACAUUAAUUGUUUUCAACGCGUAUCUUUUUUCAAAUUCACAAUUGAAUACUGGCGCUUUGAGAGUGAAUACUAUUAUGAGGUUGGCAGUGUGUUCUUUGGGUCCUAUAGCUGUGAAUAUUGUUUUGUUAUUACUAUUGCAACCACUUUCUUUGAUAAUCGCACCAUUGGUCAGUUCUACCUGCUGGAAAUCGUUUCCGUCCGUCCUUGCAGCAAUUACGAGAAUAUUAGGACUAUUGAAUCACAUUUUGUUCUUCAACUUGCUAUGGAUGUUUCAAAAUUGGGAAUUAGCAACCACGGUUCUUGGGUUCUGUUGUUCAUGUCUGAUAGAAUCGUUGCUCUUUCGAUUGGUUACCAGUUUGUUUCUUACCAGUGAGUUCAGACAUGGACGAACAAACAGGGCCUGGUGGUCUGGAAAGUGGAUUACUUCUGGUUUAGGGUUUAAUGUGUUGAGUCAACCUGUGAGAGAAUACUUUUGUAAGGUGAUUGAGCAAAGUCUUUUUGCAGCAGACUUUAUCUAUGUGCAUAUUCUUUUAUUUCUGCAAAUUCCAAUUGUUCUGACACCAUUUAUUGAUAGCAUCCACUCACUGAUGCUGUUUUGGCUACCUCCAAGUAAACAACUAAAGCCGCAACUAUUUCCUAUGAGAAAUAGUAAAAGAAAAAGGACCCAUGCCCAGUUACUGUCUGUGUUGUUUUUACUCAUAUUAUCUCUACAGGUGGCACUCAUAAUCGGACCUUACAUCAUUUCAAUUGUAUAUGGAAAUGAAGUGUUCAGGGAGAACAUGCCAGAAAUAUUUCAGCAGCUUUUCCAGCCAAUUGCGUAUAAGAACCCAAACCUAGGGUUAAAAAGCCAUUCCAUAAUCACUGAUAUUUCCAAUAUGGACACAGUUAAUGCAAGGAAAGAUAACAGAUAA